AGCAGUCGUUUAUUCGGGUGCUUUAGCUAUCAGCUAGCAUUAGCUGCUGCUACUACGUACCGACUCCCCACACAUGAUCUGGCGAUAGCAACAGGAUCAUAUACAUACUACGUACUGAAAAACGACUGAUAUCAACACAGGUGCAGGUGUCGGAUUGUCCUGUGAUAAAGACGGAUCCGCAAUGUUGAACCCGACCAAUGGCGACCCAGGCCACGUUGUCGUCAAUUAUGUUGAGGAGUAUUUGGACCUGGUGGAGUCCCUGCCUUUUGAUUUGCAGAGGAGUGUGUCUCUCAUGAAGGAAAUUGAUGCCAAGUAUCAAGAUGUUCUGAAGGAGCUCGACGAUGCUUAUGAGCGGUAUCGCAAGGAGUCCGACUCACUUCAGAGGCGCAAGCUUCAGUUAUCCAUUCAGAGGGCACUGAUCCGCAGUCAGGAGCUUGGAGAUGAGAAGAUUCAGAUUGCUGGUCAAAUGGUGGAGUUGGUCGAGAAUCGAACGCGUCAAAUCGAUUGGCACUCUGAACUCCUCCUUUCCUCACAAGAACUCCCAGAGAGCCAUGUUCCCAUAGCAACAUCUAUGGCAAACAAUUCAGCAUCCAUGAUGUCGUCGUCGUCGUCAUCAUCAGCUGCCAUAACUCCAGGCAAAACUGGCCACCACGACAAGAAGCGCGAUGAGGUCACGCCAGGCUCAGGCGGCGGAGACAAAGCCGGGGGGAAACGCUCAAGACGACAGAAAAAUGGGGAAAGCAGGGAAAGUUACGGGGGCAUGGAUACAUCUGAGGAUGUUGGAGUAGGGGCUUCUCGGGAAAAGAGGGCCAAAACAUCUUCUAAGAAGAAGAAAAGGUCCAAAGGAAAAUCUGAGAGAGAAGUGUCACCUCCAGACCUGCCCAUUGAUCCAGAUGAGCCAACGUACUGUCUGUGCGAGCAGGUGUCCUACGGCGAGAUGAUUGGCUGUGAUAACGACGAAUGUCCCAUCGAGUGGUUUCAUUUCUCCUGUGUCGGCCUUCAUCAUAAGCCCAAGGGCAAGUGGUUUUGCCCCAAGUGUCGGGGUGAGAAUGAGAAGACCAUGGACAAGGCCUUGGAGAGGGCUAAGAAGGAGAGAGCAUACAACAGGUAGCUCGCUCUGCCUGGCCAAAUGAACACUAAUGCUUCAAAUUUGUAUUUCGUGUCUUGUCCUCGUUUCCAUUUACUGUUAAGGCUGUUCAAAAAGAGUGACGAGUCGGUCAGAGUGAUCUUGUAAAUAGUUAUUUUUGUAACUGCUACAUAGCUGACAAGAUUUCUUCCUCCUGGUCAGAAUAAUUUGUAAAGAAUGUACAUGUUCGACCUGCAUGUGUGUAAGCAGCUGUCCUGCACUUACAUCCCCUUUUUGUUUGUCAUGCACACAUCACUCACUCAGAUACAUGCCCAGUUAACUAAUAAAACAUUUCUAAACAAAUAAGAAUAUUAUGGUUUUAAUGACCUCUUACAAGCUUCUGCUUUUGAAAUUACUUUCACCUCCACUCUCUGAAUAACACACUGUAGUGAGCAGUAGAUUAAAGUUUGGGACACUGACAGGUGUGGUGUCAUUGCAGUUUUUGCAUCUAUAAGAUGUAUUGUGAAUGCAGGAAUGUUUGAGGGCACUAAAAGGUGCAGAAAUUUCACUCAAAUUUUUAGUAAAG